AUGGCUAAAUCUCUACGUGCCAAGUCGCACCUAAAAGCGAAAUCUAUCAAGCGUAAAAAUGUAUUUCAGGUAGAUGCAGACGCCCGUGCAAGCCGAAUUGCAAACAAGAUGAAAGAGGACCUGAUAAAACAACGACUAGAGGAGUUGAAGCGCAAGAACACAGGGUUGAAAAACGACGAAGACGCCAAAAAGGCCCUGGAAAUCGACCAGAUGGAACAGGAAGGCCAAGCGACCAAAUCGGCCAGCACCUCGGGCUGGAGAGACGCCAGGCACCACAACUACAAGCGUAACAAAAAACUGAACAAAAACCGUAAGAAGGGUUCCUUCACCAAGUUUUGA